AUGGAGGACAGUACUGGAGCGCCGAGGAAUAAAGUGCUGGCUGUAGUAUACUACGUAUCACCGGCCAGUGCGAUCGGACUGCUCCCCAUUGCGUUAUUCUCCGAGGCAAGCGACUACGCGACGUCGAGAUUUUUACUGGACUCGCAGCUGUUGAUGAUGUCGCUGGUGUUUAUCUUCAUCAGUGGCUGUCUGGCCUUUGUGCUGAUUUUCAUUGAGAUUCUGCUGGUCAAGAAGACGUCGGCGCUGUCGCUGGGCAUCGCUGGCAGCUUCAAAGAUGUCACGCAAGUGCUGCUCGCAGUCUUCAUUUUCGGUGACCAGCUGAUUGCAAUUAACGUGUUCGGCCUCGUUGUGGCCACUUGCGGGAUGCUCUUCUACACGUACAUCAAGCACACAAUAGCAGAAGCAGCGGGUGAUGCAAGACACGGCAAGCAGAAGGGAUACGAGAGAGUUCCCACGUUUAAUUCCGACUUGGAAGACGGCAGUGAUGUCCAAUCUCCAGGCAAUAGCAAAGAUAUCGUCCCGGAAUUUCAGAUGAAAGACGAGAGAGUCUCGGCAACAGGAACCAAGACUGUGUCAGGUGUGGAGCUGGUACGGCGAGAGAGCAAGGAUUACUUCAACUCAUCAGGCAUGGUCGCCAAUGCCUCUCACGUGUGACGAGAAUACGGGACACUUUUGUAACAUUAGGCCGCAGUUCGGAACACUAGCAGCAGUUCUUGUUCUCGCUCGCUUUCAAUUAAUAGACCAAACCAGAACUCAAAAAUGUAAUUGCU